AUGACGGCGUGCGCCCUCCGUGCGGGUGGGUUUCCAGACCCCUGGCUCCGCGCCCCCGCGCGGUGGGCUCCGUCCCUGCCCGGCGGCCCCCCGGCCCUGCCGCGGCCUCCGCUCCUGCUCCUGCUGCUGCUGCUGCUGCUGCUGCUGCCGUCCCCCGCCCGCCCCGCCGUCUUCACGGUGGGGGUGCUGGGGCCCUGGGCCUGCGACCCCAUCUUCGCCCGCGCCCGCCCCGACCUGGCCGCCCGCCUGGCCGCCACCCGCCUGAACCACGACCCCGUCGGGGCCGGCAGCCCCCGCUUCGAGGUCACGCUGCUGCCCGAGCCGUGCCGGACGCCGGGCUCCCUGGGGGCGGUGUCCUCCGCGCUGGGCCGCGUCUCGGGCCUCGUGGGCCCGGUGAACCCCGCAGCGUGCCGGCCGGCGGAGCUCCUGGCCCAGGAGGCAGGCGUCGCGCUCGUAACCUGGGGCUGCCCCGGGACUCGGGCGGCGGGCACCACGGCCCCCGCGGUGACGCCCGCGGCCGACGCGCUCUAUGCGCUCCUCCGCGCCUUCCGAUGGGCGCGCGUGGCCCUGGUCACCGCGCCCCAGGACCUGUGGGUGGAGGCGGGGCGCGUACUGUCCGCUGCCCUCAGGGCACGGGGCCUGCCCGUCGCCCUGGUGACCACCAUGCAACCCGCGGACGCGUCCGGGGCCCGGGAGGCCCUGAGGAGGGUCCGGGACGGGCCCAGAGUCAGAGCGGUGAUCAUGGUGAUGCACUCGGUGCUGCUGGGCGGCCAGGAGCAGCGCUGCCUGCUGGAGGCCGCCGAAGAGCUGGGCCUGGCCGACGGCUCCCUGGUCUUCCUGCCCUUCGACACGCUCCACUACUCCCUGUCGCCCGGCCCCGAGGCCUUGGCCGCCCUCGCCAACAGCUCCCAGCUUCGCAGGGCCCACGAUGCCGUGCUCACCCUCACACGUCACUGUCCCCCUGGAGGCAGCGUGAUGGACAGCCUGCGCAGGGCCCAGGAGCACCGGGAGCUGCCCUCUGACCUCGAUCUGCAGCAGGUGUCCCCACUCUUCGGCACCAUCUACGACGCGAUCUUCUUGCUGGCGGGGGGUGUGGCGCGAGCGCGGGCAGCCGCGGGGGGCGGCUGGGUGUCCGGAGCAGCGGUGGCCCGCCACAUCCAGGACGCCCAGGUCCCCGGCUUCUGCGGCGCCCUGGGAGGGGCCGAGGAGCCCCCGUUUGUGCUGCUGGACACGGAUGCGGCGGGGGACCAGCUGUUCGCCACAUACGUGCUGGACCCAACCCGGGGCUCCCUCCGCUCGGCUGGGACCCCGGUGCAUUUCCCUAGAGGGGGAGGAGGACCCGGGCCCGACCCCUCGUGCUGGUUCGAGCCGGACGUCAUCUGCAACGGAGGAGUGGAGCCCGGCCUCAUCUUUAUCGGCGUCCUCCUGGUGGCUGGGAUGGGGCUGACAGGGGCCUUCCUGGCCCAUUACGUGAGGCAUCGGCUAAUUCACAUCCAAAUGGUCUCUGGUCCCAACAAGAUCAUCCUGACUCUGGACGAUAUCACCUUUCUCCAUCCGCAAGGGGGCAGCUCUCGGAAGGUGGUCCAGGGGAGUCGAUCGAGUCUGGGCGCACACAGCGGGUCAGACGUCCGCAGCUUCCCCAGCCAGCCCUCGGAGAGCGCCAACAUUGGCCUCUAUGAGGGAGACUGGGUUUGGCUGAAGAAAUUCCCAGGAGAUCAGCACAUGGCCAUCCGCCCAGCAACUAGUACAGCCUUCUCCAAGCUCCAGGAGCUACGGCAUGAGAACGUGGUCCUCUACCUGGGGCUCUUCCUCGGCGGCGGCUCGGUUGGCCCCGUGGCCCCCGGGGAGCGCAUGCUGGCGGUGGUCUCCGAGCACUGUGCCCGGGGCUCCCUCCACGACCUCCUCGCCCAGAGAGACAUAAAGCUGGACUGGAUGUUCAAGUCCUCCCUCCUCCUGGACCUCAUCAAGGGAAUGAGGUAUUUGCACCACCGAGGUGUGGCCCACGGGCGCCUUAAGUCCCGGAACUGCGUGGUGGACGGGAGGUUCGUGCUUAAAGUCACCGACCACGCUCAGGGGCGGCUGCUGGAAGCGCAGCGGGUGUUGCCGGAGCCUCCGAGCGCGGAGGACCAGCUGUGGACAGCCCCCGAGCUGCUUCGGGACCCGGCCCUGGAGCGCAGGGGGACGCUGGCGGGCGACGUCUUCAGCCUGGGCAUCAUCAUGCAGGAGGUCGUGUGUCGCAGCGCCCCCUACGCCAUGCUGGAGCUGACUGCCGAGGAAGUGGUGCAGAGGGUGCGGAGCCCCCCUCCGCUGUGCCGGCCCUGCGUGUCCGUGGACCAGGCGCCCAUGGAGUGUAUCCAGCUGAUGAGACAGUGCUGGGCCGAGCAGCCGGACCUUCGGCCGACCAUGGACCGCACCUUUGAGCAGUUCAAAAGCAUCAACAAGGGCCGGAAAACGAACAUCAUCGACUCUAUGCUGAGGAUGCUGGAGCAGUACUCGAGUAACCUGGAGGACCUGAUCCGGGAGCGCACGGAGGAGCUGGAGCUGGAGAAGCAGAAGACAGACCGGCUGCUCACCCAGAUGCUGCCCCCUUCUGUGGCCGAGGCUCUGAAGACGGGGACACCUGUGGAGCCCGAGUAUUUUGAGGAGGUGACUCUGUACUUCAGCGACAUCGUGGGCUUCACCACCAUCUCCGCCAUGAGUGAGCCCAUCGAAGUGGUAGACCUGCUCAAUGACCUCUACACACUCUUUGACGCCAUCAUCGGCUCCCAUGAUGUCUACAAGGUGGAGACCAUCGGGGAUGCCUAUAUGGUGGCCUCCGGGCUGCCCCAGCGGAACGGGCAGCGGCACGCGGCGGAGAUCGCCAACAUGGCCCUGGACAUCCUCAGCGCCGUGGGCUCCUUCCGAAUGCGCCACAUGCCCGAGGUGCCGGUGCGCAUCCGUAUCGGCCUGCACUCGGGCCCGUGCGUGGCGGGCGUGGUGGGGCUCACCAUGCCGCGGUACUGCCUGUUUGGGGACACGGUCAACACCGCCUCGCGCAUGGAGUCCACCGGGCUGCCCUACCGCAUCCACGUGAACAUCAGCACAGUGCAGAUUCUCCGCGCCCUGGACGAGGGCUUCCUGAUGGAGGUGCGAGGCCGCACGGAGCUGAAGGGCAGGGGCUCCGAAGACACGUACUGGCUGGUGGGCAGACGCGGCUUCAACAAGCCCAUCCCCAAACCGCCCGAUCUGCAGCCGGGGGCCAGCAAUCACGGCCUCAGCCUGCAAGAGAUCCCGCUGGAACGGCGCCUGAAGCUGGAGAAGGCGAGGCCGGGCCAGUUCUCCGGGAAGUGAGGCGCGGCGGGAAGAGGAGUUUUCUGGAAGGUCCUUUUCCUGAAAGGUGCUGCUAUGGGUGAACCAAACGUCUGGCCAAUACCAGUGGCUUCUACCCAGCUCUGCCUCCAAGGAUUCCGGGCCUCGACGGGGAGCUGGUUGCAAAC